CUUAUGUGAUUUAGUGUAUUGACAAUCAGAAUGUGAUAGAGAGAUUAUGAACUGAUCAAUGUUAUACCACCACUGAAAACCUGGAAGCACUGGACUACCGUUUCGUUCUAGUAUGAGACCCUUCAGAAGUGCGCAUCCACGAUCUCACCUCACGAAUCCAGUUACACAUUUACACUAUUUGAUACCGGCCGGCUCAGUGGUCCAGAGGUUAGGCAUUCGCGCGCGAGACUGACAGGUCAUAGGUUCGAAUCUAUCGAGACGGAAUCGUGGAUGCAUACUGCUGAAGAGUCCCACAAUAGAACGAAUCAACCAUCCAGUGUUUCCAUCUUUUUCAUAGUGGUCUAGCUUCAAUUAACUCAUAAUCUCAACUAUUAAAAAAAUUACUAUCAUAUCCACAAAAACCCCUUCUGAUACAUCAAUAUUUAAUAUAAUAAAUAAAAAAAACAUGAAAGAUACUAUUAACUCUUGUGACAAUAAGAUUAACAACUAAAGUACCAUACAAUCUGAUUAUCCAAUCAUAAUCAUUUGUAUCGGUUCUUUUUUAUUUUGCUCUCUUUUCUUCUGAUCACGUUCAUCAUACUAUACAUACAUAUGUAUUCAAGUACCCCUCAAAUACAUAUGAGUAUGUACAAUGAUAUGAUUAUAUGAAUAUUACAAAAAACGUAACCAUGAUAAUGAACAAUAAUAAUAAUAAUAAUAAUAAUAAUAAUAAUAAUAUAACUGUUCAAUUUACAUAUUCAUUGCACUAUAUUAUUCACUGAUUAUCCAAAGUUCACAUUAUUAUGUAAUCAUCAUCAUCAUUAUUAUUAUUUCAAUCGUAUUACAUAUAGUAUCCAUGUAUAUGAUAUUUUUCAUAUUCUAUAGUUUGAUUAUCAUUCCUAUAAAUCAAUGUAUUGAUUAUGAAAAAAUACAAAAAAAUAUCAGAAAUUUCAAUCAUUAUUAUUAUCCUCAUCAUGAUGAUUAUGUGAUCCAUUCAAAAGAUUCAUGUUAUCAAAUUCAAUUCAAUAAUAAUAAGAUUGAAGAAUUAAUUAAACAAUCCGAUGUAAUUAUAGCGGGACGUUUAACAUAUCAUGAUACAUAUGAGAAAUAUAAACAAAUUCAUUCAUUAUAUCCUAAUCAUAUAAUGACUACUACUACUACUACUACUACUACUACUACUACUACUACUACUACUACUACUACUACUACUACUACCAAUACUACUACCGAUACUACUACUACUAAUAAUAAUAGUAAUAUCUACUUCAAUAUAACUGUAUUAGUUAAAACUAUUUAUAAAGCUAAUUAUCCGAUUGGGAAUGAAGUUAUUAUUGGUCCAGUAUAUAUAUUAGAUAAUAAUAAUCAUCAUCAUGGAAAUGGUAUAGGAUGUUUACCAGUAUUUUAUUCUAAUGCCAAAUAUAUAUUUUUUCUAAAGAAUAAUAGUAAACUAUUGAAUUAUUAUGAACCUAUUAGUGGAAUAGCAGAAUAUACUGAAUAUAUGGAAAAGAAAAUUUAUGCAUAUUAUUGUCAAAAUUGUGUAAAACCUACAAUUGAAUCUAUUCCUAAUCAAGUAUUAGAAUAUGGUCAAUCAUUAAUAACUAACUGUAUAGCAACUGGUAUACCAACACCAAAUAUUAUGUGGAUAAGAGAUGGGAAAUCAAUUAAUCUAGCUGAUAAAGGUUUAACAGUUGAAACAUUUGAACGUUCACCAGGAUAUGUGGAAUCUAUAUUGGAAAUAAACAAUUUAAUUCUAAUUGAUACCGGUGAAUAUUGGUGUUAUGCUGAAAAUGCAUUAGGAUUAGCCAAGGAGAAGUUUAUUUUAAAAGUUCAACAAAAUAAUAGAACAGACGAAAAAUUAAUGGUUGAUGAAUUAAUACCUUGUUCAGAUGAAGAUAAAGAUUACUGUCUCAAUGGUGGUCUAUGUUAUAUGUAUAAAAAUGAAAGAGUAUCAUUUCAAUGCAGUUGCUAUACACCAUAUUUUGGUUCAAAAUGUGAACGUGUGGCAGUUGAUUUAAAUGAAUAUAAAUUUUUAGAAGUUACUUUAUCUCAACGAACAAAAUUGUUAGUGAUAUUUGGCGCCUUAUUUGCGUUUUCAGUAAUAUUAUUAGGGACUAUAUUAAUAAUUAUUUGGUAGGUGGGAUUAUAUAAUCUACUCAUAUUUGCAUGGAUUGAUCUUUUUCUUUAAACUUAUGGCCCUUGAAAUGAAUCGCUUAGUUGAUGUUGUUCGCAAUAUAUUUUGAUGUUGUUUUAUGUUACUUUGAGUUAUUAAGUAGUAUAUCUUUUUAACAUAAAUUUCUUAAUCUGAAUACUAUCAUAUAACUAAAACAUUUAUUUAUAGCUUCACCCAAAUUUCACGCAUUAUCUGGGAUGUUAAAUAUGUUAUAUUAAAAUAUUUCUCAAUCAGAUGCCAAUAAUCUUGUCUUUUACAAACCGGCACCUUCUUUAGGAUUUCAUUUUAAAGAUAAUAUCUUCGUUACAAAAGUUGGUAUCACAAUCACGACUUGUUUUACAUUCAGUGUGAAUUUUCAUAUUAACUUACCCACUAUCUAUUUGUGAAAAGGUCUGCCCUAAUCAAACAGGUUUAGCGAUGAUACGGAAUUGUGUGAAGGUUUUGGAUUGACUUCAGCUAUGUGAUGAGUUAGAUAUCUGGGAUUUUACAUGUAUUGCUGAAGACUAGGUCGUCUGAACUACUUACAUACAGCCUAAACUAGCUUAGUUUGUCUUCAUUUAGGCUUAUAGCUUGUUCACUCCAAAUCAAAAAGAGACUAUAUGUCAUUGAGAAGUCUUAACUCACCAGUUAUUCUUAUAUAUCAACUCGCGUCAUAUAUGGCGUACGGGAAGUGUCCAUCUGCUAAUCAAAGGAAGAUUAUACUGCACAACAAUUAUCUCUAUAUUAAUCCAUAACUUUGAAAUAUGACUUGCAGGUUUUUAAUCAUUAAUAGCUUAGGAGCACUCCUCAUGCAUAUGGGGACAAAUAAGUGGAAAGCACUAACAUCAAAGAACGUUACUAAGGGAAUGUGGAACGUUUGUCGAUGAGAUUCUGGAUCUUCUUCAAUCUAGGUAGUUGGAACAUGUUUUACAAGGACCAAUCCACCACCUACCUGGUCUCUUAAUGGUGGUCCAAGGUUGUAACAGGUCAUGAAAUCAUUAAUUGCUUGAGUGAGUUAUGUUAGCAAGUGCGAAAUCGUUCACGAUGAAGCAGACGUAAUUACUCCUUAUCUUCCUAUAGAUAUUGAGUUUUAGUAUUCUUUCAAACACACCUUUCCAUCCCUUCUCGUAGCAUAUCUUCAAUGUUUAAUAUUUAUUAUUAUUAUUAUUAUUUCAACCCCUUUUAUUCAUUUGUCUCUAUAGUUUUAACCCGAUAUUCUGGUUUGUCUUGAUAAUUGAUUAGCGUAUGUCAGUCUCAGUUUGUACAUUGAUUAUUACAUAUUAAUGCAGUAUCAUUUCACAAAACGUUUUCAUCAAAUGAAAACGACUGUUUAAGAAACAUUAUGCAAUUUAAAUUAUAGUUGAAUACAUAAUAAUGAAAUGUAUCUUCUACCUAUGGUGACUGUAAAAUCUCAAUGGACCUAACCAUGGGUUCGUCAGUUAAUAUCAACACCACGUUCUGAUAUAAUUACGGUAAAAUAAUGUUGUUUCUUAUCAGAAUGUGGUUUUAUGGUUGCUUAACUUUAACCGACUCAUAAUUUCAACUAGUAAAAAUUACUACAAUCUCCACAGAAUCCCAUUUUGAUCAAAAUCAUCAUCUGUUCACUAGGGACUAGCUUCAUGACGUAUUUCCUGGAGUUCUAGUGAGAAUCGGUGACCAGUGGAGUUCAACCGUGUCUGUUGUAGAGGCAGUUACUCACUGAAGCCAAUGGUGGACGGUCGCUCGAUAUCGUGGAUUGGUUGAAGCUAGACAUUAACACCGUUAGAUAUCUGCUCAGUGGUCUAGAGGUUAAGGUCCUGAGUUCUAGUCCCUCUUGCGAAAUCAUGGAUGCUUACUACUGAGAAGUCCCAUACUAUGAUGAAACGGUCGUCCACUGCUUCCAGGUUUUCCAUGGUGGUCUAGCUUAAAUCGACUCAUGAAUUCAACGAAUAAAAAAAUACUGUUUGUCAGUGUGUUAAUCUGAGAUGGUGGGGAAGAUUUAUAGCACAAGUGGAUGAUUUCAAUGAAGUUUUGUUCACUGAGCUGGAUAGUUUGGUCGUGGAGCUUUCAUCAUUUUUCUGAAAGAUAUCAUCAACACAAACUUCAGGUAGAAGUGAAGUGUUCGAAUUUCUCCCCAUAUGGCUCACAGCUCGUUCUUUAGACCUCGAUCUUGAUUGGUUAUUGUUGACACUUCAGUUCUACCUGAAGUUUGUACUGAUAAUGUUGUUCAGAAAAACGAUGAAAAUUCCAGCUUAGAGAACAAAACUCCAUCAAAAUGUGGUGACUUUUUAAAUUAUUGUUUCCAUGAUCGAACUAUCAUGUAACCUACAUUAAUUUGUACAAAAAACUCAGUAGGUUAUAUCACUUUAUAAUACAAUACUAUAUUAUUUGCUAGGCAAAUUCAUGUAAUAUAGUAGUAAUCCCUGUAUAGCAUAAGAUGUAUUCAACAAAUCAUUUCAUACAUCCAUUCUUAACAAUCUAUUAUCAUUAUUACAUCAUUUAGUCUAGUAUGCUAUAGGGAUAUCAUUUAUAAUCUGAAACAAUUUACUUUGUUGUUACAUAACACUUUCACUAACAUUUUAUCAUCUUUAUAAAAAUCAUUCAUUUUCAAUGUGUACUUAGUUGAUAUGUGUAUAUUGUUUCAAUGUGAAUGAAUACGUGUUUUGAUGUGUUAUGGUAGUUGGUUUGGUAACAUUGAUUGUACUAAGUGGAGUAGAUUUGUAGCUUAUGUGGAUGGUUUUGAUGGAGUUUUGUUCUUUAAGCUGGAUGGUUUGGUCAUGGAGCUUUCAUUGUUCUUCUGAAGGACAUCAUCAGUACAUCGUUCAGAAGAACGAUGAAAGCUCCAUGAUCACACCAUUCAACUCAAAGAACAAAAAUUUAUCGAAAUUAUACAAAGUAUACAUAUGAUCUGUUGAAUAAGUAUACGAACUGAGUCAUUCAUGUUUUUCUAUUGAGAUUACAGAACUAUAUUCAUGUAAUAUUAGAAGAAAGUUUAUAGCUCUAUCCAAAUAGUUUAACCAUUUCAUUAAGUGGUAUGAACACUGCAAAAUUAAGUUACUAUUCUAUUCAAUUCGUAUAUUUAAUUCACUUGUUAUUGUUUUACUUGAAUCUUCCCAUUGAUGUUUUAGAACUGAAAUUGAUCAGUCUCUUAUUGGCAUAUGUGCAUACUGUGCGUAUGCCUCAAUAUUGCCUUAAUUUACAUGCAUUAUAAGCAAAGAUGGAUAGUGGCUAGCAGUGGAAUCCAGGACCAAACGCGCGUCCUGGAUUCCACUAAUAGCCACUAUCCAUCUUUGCUUAUAAUUCAUAUAUUCAUUUGAAUAGAUUAGUGUAUAUCAAUGUUGUCUAUUUAUAAAUACAUGUGAAACUUAUAUUGUUGUUUCUAUCAUUUCCCCCCUCCCUCCUCCCUCUCCCCCUUCUUUAUAUUUGGAAUUAGCUUUUUCUGAAUCUCGUGGAAAUGAUCUACAAUCUAUGUUGCAUGCAUUAACUACAACACUUACAUUACGUGGUGUAUUUUUCACAUUAUUUGGUGCAUUAAUGAGUGUUUUAACAUUUUAUGGAAUAUGGAAAUGUCAACAAAAAAGCAUGUACCGAAGACACUUAAGAAGACGAAACAAAUCUUUAUUUAAACAUGAUUCACAAACGAAAACUUCUCAUUCUAUCAAUCAUUCAAAUCAUGAAAAUAGAAUAUAUAAUACAGUAAAAGAGAAUACAGCGCCAAUUUCAAUUAAUGAUUAUUAUAAAAGAGAUCAAAAUAUUGAACAUAUUCCUAUUCCAGAAAAUUAUUAUGGACAAACUGGUAAUAGUUAUAUAUUACCAACUUCACAUUUAGCUAAUAAUGGUUGUUAUGAGAAUCGUUCACCAAAUUUUACUCAUGAUGUCAUGAUUGAUUUAAAAUCUCCAUUAGCAACAAAUCAUGUGAAUCCACAACAAUUACAUGAUCAUUCAAGAAACGCAAUCCAGUUCGGUUAUCGACCAUCAUCCUCUUUAGAUCAAUGUAAUGAAUCAGCCCAUAAACCUGAGAAUGGAUUAACUUUACACAAUAGACCUUUCGGGACAGAUUGGUCAACACGAAGGAUUAUAUCACAAAAACCUGGAUCUAUACGAGAUCGACUACCAGUGCUAGCAGAAGGAUCAAAUUUAGAUUUGAAUAUUGAUAGAUAUCCGAAUUACACAGAUCCUAUAGACAGAAUGAAUAGAUUUGAUCAAGACAGAGAUAUAUCAUUAAACAUGAUUUCAUCUUCUUCUUCAUUUAUACAAACUAAUACUUGAAUAUACGAUUAAGAAUAAUGUUAAAAAGCAUUCAUUCAUUUCAGGUUAGAAGAAGUAAGAAAGUCAAGUAUAUGGUACUAUCUAUUAUCAUAUAACAGAUCUUAUAACUACUAUUACUACCAUUGCAUAUUCUACCUUUAGAGUUACUAAUUAAUUAUUCUGAUGUAAUAUACCAUAAAGUAUUUCAAUUCUGCAUUGUUUCUUUCGUAGUUUUGUAAUAAUAAUGAUAAUACUCGUGUCCUCAGUUGUCUAUUUUCAUGAAUGAAAACUGACGCAAACGCAUUUGUUUUACAGUUUUAUCUAUUAUUUACAAGAAAUUUCUUGUGUCACCUUUAUUCUCACUUGAAAGUAAUAGAACAUUGAAGUGACUUAUGUUUUAUGCUUUGAUUCACAAUUGUCUAAUCAUUGUUUAUCAAUCGUUUAUACCUCAUCAUUAUGUGUAUAUGUCAAAAGAAAUGUAUCAUCUGUUUGUAUAUUCUACUAUAGACGUGUGUGUGAGUGAGUGAGUGAGUGAGUGAGUGGGAAACAGUGGCCUACUUUCUGUUUGAUUAUUCAAUACAUAAUUUAAUACUUGAAAUAAAGUGAAACGUUUGCCGGUAAACAAUUUUCCCUAUUGUAAUUGUUAUUAUUGUUGUUGUUAAUGAUCAUGGAUAUCAGUAGAAAACAAAUAAAGUCAUUUCAAGAGUUUAUUUUAAUUUCUAAUUAUCAACGUUGUAAUCAUAGUUACAAAAUAUUCAGUAAACAGAAGUGAACAGGGAAUAGUUUGCGACAUAGUACACGCAAUGUUGAGUCCCCUAGACUAGUGGCCACAUUACAACUUGGUCGAUAGGAUUCGAUCUUCACUAAUAAGGACCUGA